CGCUGUCAUACUUGUCAAAUUGUAGUUCGUGCGGAAAAUUCGGUUUGAAAUUGAAGUGAAGCAUGGUGAAGGACUUUUUCAAGGAUUUUAUGGCCGGCGGGAUUUCUGCGGCCAUCGCCAAGACGAGCGUGGCGCCCAUCGAGAGGGUCAAGCUCAUCCUGCAAGUGCAGGAGACCAACAAGCAGAUCCCGGAGGAGAAGAGAUACAAGGGGAUUGUCGACUGCUUUGUGCGCAUACCCAAAGAGCAAGGUUUUUUAAGCUUCUGGCGUGGCAAUCUCGCGAAUGUGCUGCGUUACUUCCCCACUCAAGCCCUCAACUUCGCCUUCAAGGAUGUCUACAAGAAAAUCUUCAUGGAAGGAAUCGACAAGAACACCCAGUUUUGGCGCUAUUUCGGUGCAAAUCUUGCGUCGGGAGGAGCCGCGGGUGCGAGUUCGUUGGUUUUCGUCUACCCUCUCGAUUACGCUCGAACACGAUUGGCUGUCGACGUGGGAAAGAGCAUGGAAGAGCGGGUCUACAAAGGCAUGGUCGAUUGUAUAGCUAAAACUUUUCAGAGUGAUGGUCCGAUGGGGUUGUACCGAGGGUUUGUGGUGUCGGUCCAAGGUAUAAUUAUCUACAGAGCUUCGUAUUUUGGGCUGUUUGAUACGGCGAAGGGGAUGCUUCCGGAUCCUAAGAAUACGCCCUUUCUUUUGUCGUUUCUUAUAGCGCAAAUCGUGACCACGGUUUCGGGUAUCACUUCAUACCCGUUCGAUACGGUAAGACGGCGCAUGAUGAUGCAGUCGGGAAUACCGAAAGAGCAGAGGAUGUACAAGAACACCUUGGAUUGUUGGGUGAAGACAGCCCAGCACGAGGGACCGCUGGCUUUUUUCAAAGGGGCGUUUUCGAAUAUUCUGAGAGGGACUGGAGCGGCAUUGGUGCUGGUGCUUUAUGAUGAAAUGAAAGAAUUGAUGUAAUAAGGAAUUAAAAUGGGGUGAAUGUUGUUGUA